AUUCAUUUCAAAAUUAAGGAUUAUCUCCCUCAUGCAUAGCUCUUAUCCUUAGAUGAAUUUGACUCCACGUUUUGGGGACUCUGUUUUUCCCUAUAAUAGCUCUAGCAAGUUUAUUGUUAUUUCGGAUUUCGAACAUCUCGGUUGAGUAUCACUGAAGAGACAUUAUUUGUUGAAAUGCGCAUCUGGUGCAUCAAAAUUGAAGCACCAACUGUUUCCCCCAGGAAUAACGUGUGUAUGUUGGCAGAUGGAACCAGCGCUUGUUGCACUGGGUAUUAUGAAGAAAAUGAUGUUUGUCAUGAAUGUAUCGGAUCAUUUGGUUAUAAUUGUUCAAACCCAUGCCCCCAAGACUGGUAUGGACCAAAAUGCAGCAUCCAAUGUCAAUGUUCGUCUAUCAAGUGUGAUGCCAUUUAUGGGUGUGCAGAAGCAACUACAGAAUCUGAAAAAAGAACUGUCCCACUAGAUAACAUCCCGAAAUAUCCGGUCUCAGAUGUUCCAAGCAGUGGAGGUAACAAAUUACUAAACUUUACUCAAAUCACUGGGUCGUCAUCGUUGUGGUUGUUAUUCUGGUGUUUCUGGUCAUCGUAUGUAGUGUUGCUGCUGUCAGAAGUAGAAAUAAGGGGAAAAACAACAAACGCAUAGAAGCUACAAAAGCCAUUCUUUGCCGAAGACAAACGACUACAACUACGAAGACUAAACUCCGCAUGCGUCAACAGAGUUUAUAGCAUUUCCUUCCAGUCAAAGCCAACGAAUUACAUCAAUCUGCAUAUCUGAAACAAUCUCCUGAUCCCUGGGGACAAGUUCUUCUUUUCUGUAAACGAUAUUAACAAUAUGUGAAUUGCAAACAAAUCGAACACAUAAAAGACACAAUAACUGUCAAUUAAUGAUUAUUCGCGAGAAAUUAUUUCUUCGUCAUAGUAUUAUAUUUUUUGCAAAUCUUUGAAGUGUUACUAUAAUAAUUGCCUAUCAUCUUUUGUAUUACUAGUAACUCUGCAAACUAAUCAAUAAAAUGUUGAAGAUACCAAACAAUGAUCAAUUUCAUAUCUACAAUAAAUAAUACGAAAUUCAGACUAGGGAAACACAGACCUCUCAACAUACCAGGGGUAGGAUUAGGUAUUUAGGAGGAGUAGGUAUCCCAUGUCGACCGGUCACACCAACCAUGAGCCCUAUAUCUUAAUCAGGUAAAUGGAGUAAUCCAUAGUCACAAUCAGUGUGUAAUGAACGGCCUAAGAAUUGGUAUGAAACACGUCAGGCAGCAUUUGCCCCAAUGACAGGUUGUAUUGGUUAAUCAAAUUAGAUCGUUAUAACGACCAUAGGAUAUGCCAAAUCUCUCAACUGAUUCGAUACACAAGAGGUUGUUCUGCGUAUGGUUAGUUUUUAAAUCGAGGCAGGCAACUGAGAAACAAGUUGAUGGCGCAAGGGUUUCAACAGUCUCUUUUAAAGUCAGUAUUUCGCAAAUUGUAUGGUCGUUACAAUGAUCGAGAUUGCCACUACAAACUAUCAUUGGAUCAAAUGCUGUCUGUCGUGUUUCAUACCGAUUGUUAGACCGUUCUUGGCAUAUUGAUUUUGAUUACGGAUAACUCCCUUUACCUGAUCAAGAUAUAGGGUCCACGGAGGGUACUACUGGUCAACAGGGGAUGCUUACUCCUCCCAGACACCUGAUCUUACCUCUGGUGUGUCCAGGGGUCCGUGUUUGCGCAGUCCUCUGUUUUGUAUUGCUUGUAGGAGUUUUGAGAUUGGUCGUUGUUCGUUAUCUUCAACUUUCAUCGUGCGGGAGGGGGUGAAGGUUCGUCCUUCACUACAUUGCUACAAAUUCAUAAGUUCAAGCUGACAUUCAUACCAUUAAAUACUACUAUGGAAAUAGAAGGGUGUCAGCCACCGAAUUUCUCUUACUAUGCAAGUUAAAAUAACUAACUUUGUAAAAACAAUAACGGAAAAGAAACAUUGCCAAAAAAUAGCCUCUCAUUAUUCUACGUGACUGUACCACGGUAACUAUUGAAGGUCUCAUUAUUCUCGUGCCUGUUUUGUUUAUGUCGUCUGACAGUUCGGGGGUUUGUUGUCUAUAUCCUUUGUGUGUUAUUGGAGACCUCCAGGUUUGUUGUCUACACCCUUUGUGUGUUAUUGAAGAUCUCCAGGUUUGUUGUCUUCACCCUUUGUGUGUUAUUGGAGAUCUCCAGGUUUGUUGUCUUCACCCUUUGUGUGUUAUUGAAGACCUCCAGGUUUGUUGUCUACAUUGUGUGUUAUUGAAGACCUCCAGGUUUGUUGUUUACGCCCUUUGUUUGUUAUUGAAGACCUCCAGGUUUGAUGUUUACACCCUUUGUGUGUUAUUGAAGACCUCCAGGUUUGUUGUCUACAUUGUUUGUGUGUUAUUGAAGACCUCCAGGUUUGUUGUUUACGCCCUUUGUUUGUUAUUGAAGACCUCCAGGUUUGUUAUUUACACCCUUUGUGUGUUAUUGAAGACCUCCAGGCUUGUUGUCUACAUUGUUUGUGUGUUAUUGAAGACCUCCAGGUUUGUUGUCUACAUUGUUUGUGUGUUAUUGGAGACCUCCAGGCUUGUUGUCUACAUUGUGUGUUAUUGGAGACCUCCAGGUUUGUUGUCUACGUUGUGUGUUAUUAGAGACGUCAAAGCCGAAGCUUUUAUAUUUCCACAUAACAUACCGAGACCGAGGAUGUUACCCUGCAUCAUCCACGAAAGCAAGAACUUUAUUUCUAUUCUACUUCGGCUCAGAAAUAUACAGCCGAUCGUUUACUUAUACUAUGAAUUAGGUCACUGUGACGUCAGUUACAUGUUGACGGAUUAUACCUGUAUCAACUGCUUCAAUACACGGUUCAAGAAAAUUACACAUUCGCAGAAGAGGGUUAAUUGUCUGUUCAUUGCAACAUGUUUGUUAUACGCCCGUCGUAAAUUUGGUCACAACUUCUCCCUCAAAAUCAUGGAUACAAAUAUUGCCUUGAAAUCUAGUCACAAUCUUUCCCUCGAAGGAAGGCAAGUUCAGAUUCCAUUUCAGCUUCAUUGGUCCGUCCGUGGGUGACCUACUUUAGGGCUAAAAGUAGGUCAAACAAUAUCCCGGACUUUUUGUCAUCACGGAUACAGAUAUGCCCUGUAAUUUAGUUACAAGCUUCCUAUGGAAGGAAUACAAGUUCAGUUUGCACUUCAGCUGGAUUGGUCUGUCCAUGUGUCUAGCACAAUGUCAUGUUUUCCGGACUUUUCCCGUAACGGAUACAUGUACAGCGUUGCAAUUUUGUCACAAUUUCUUCCUCCAAAAGCAUAAGUUUUUAUUUCAGUUAGAUUGGCCUGUCCGUCCAUGAGGAACUUUUGGUUGGUUGAUUAAAUUAAUAUUUUUAGAGGUAAAUAUAAUUUAACAUCACUUGUCGGGCUCGCGGCGGGUGCGCUCCCUCCUCCUGGACACCUGAUCCACCUCUGGUACAUCCAGGAAUCCGUGUUCGUCCGGUCCUUCGUUUAUAUUAUAACGUCACGU